AUGCCGAAGCAGCUCGGAUGCAAAGUGAUCUCCGACGAGGAUGGCGAGGUCGCGGAGCUCCCGGGCCCCGGGUCCCGGCCAGGUGGGCAUCAAAACUCAGCCGGUGCUCUUCAAAUCGCUGGGCUUGGUACCGUGAACGAAGUUCCGGCCGGAAGCUGCUUCGGUGCGAAUGCUACAGUCCGGGUGUUCACUCCCUUUGCGCUUGUCCUGGCGAUUGCCAGGCCGUCUCUGCACCUUGGCCCCUCAAGAAGCACCCUGUUGAGACGGAGCACUUUGACUCCCCACAGGGUGGCCGCAUCUCGGGCAGCAAGGUCCGCUAGCCGAUCGCUUUCGCACGGGCAGACGGUGGUGGUGGAGGGUUGCGUCGAGCAGGAUCCUUGCAUGUUUGUGCUCUCAGGCGGCAUCGUCGUUGCUGAGCGCGACGGCUGCGCCAUCGCCCGCAUCUCGCCUGGGGCGACCUUUGGGGAGAUGGUUUAA